AUGGGUGAACUUCGAGGGCAGCGGCUUGUCUUGGCCGUCAGCGUUCUCACAUCCUUGGGUUUUAUGCUCAUUGGUUAUGACAAUGGCCUCAUGGGAGGCUUGGUCAAUGCUCCGGCAUUCAACUCGACUUUCGACUCUCCGGAUCCGACCAUGACGGGUCUCAUUGUGGCAAUCUACGAAGGCAAGUCGACUUGA